ACUACUAGUAGUUGUUAAAUGCUCAAUAAUUAAACACCUUCAAUCACAGCUAAGCAGGUGAAUAUAGUAUAGAAAACAGGUGCUGUGAAAAAUAAAUCAAUUUCUUCUUCUGACAAAAUGCAGCAGCACUUAGUAGCAAUCGUUUUACUAAUUGCUAGUUCAUUGACAUUGUAUUGUUGGGCCCAAACAAUUGAAACACAUCCUCAUUUAAAAUCGGUUAAAUUAACAAAAUUCGACAAUGAUCUAAAUGAAUUGGAGCCCAACUAUUGGUACGAUAAUGCACAGCAAUAUCUUAAGCAAAAACUGCAGCGACAAGCUAAUUUGAAUAAUAAGAAAGCAAAAAAUAUAAUAUUAUUUUUGGGUGACGGCAUGUCUGUACACACAAUAACAGCAGCACGUUCCUACAUUAGAGAUGCUUCGGAACAAUUGGCUUUUGAAAAAUUUCCCUAUGUAGGUUUAUCGAAAACUUUCUGUGUCGACAAACAAGUACCCGAUUCAGCCUCGACAGCUACGGCUUAUUUGACUGGUGUCAAAGGUAAUUAUGGUACUAUUGGUGUUAAUGGUCAGGUAACUAGGUUCGAUUGUGACUUGGGUCAAGAUGAAACACUACACACAGAAAGUAUAGCUAAAUGGGCUCAAGAUUCGGGCAAAUGGACUGGUUUAGUUACCACAGCUCGAGUUACACAUGCUUCGCCGGCCGGAGUUUAUGCCCAUACAGCCAAUCGUGAAUGGGAAAAUGAUGCGAAGAUUUUCAAUGACAGUUGUGAUCCCCUGGCAAAUGUGGAUAUAGCACGCCAGCUAGUAGAAUGGCCAGUGGGUCAAGAGUUGCGUGUUAUAAUGGGUGGUGGCAGAAGAAAUUUCCUUAACGAAACUGUUUGUGAUGAAACCGAUUUACCAGGUCAAAGAAUUGAUGGCAGAAACUUAAUAGAAGAAUGGCAAAUGCUUAAGCAGCAACAAAAUAAAAGAGCAGCUUAUGUUGCCAAUAAAAACGAUUUAAAUGAAUUGGAUUUGCAUAAUACCGAUUAUUUAAUGGGUUUAUUUUCAUCCUCACACUGUCCCUAUCAUGGUGAUUUGGAACGAGAGAAUUUAAAGGAGACAGUGCCUUCCCUAAGUGAAAUGACAGAAAAGGCUUUGCAGUUAUUAAAACGCAGUAAUGAAGGCUAUUUUCUAUUUGUGGAGGGAGCUAAGAUAGAUAUGGCUCAUCAUGAUACUCGAGCCAGACGUAGUAUGGAGGAGACUGAGGAAUUUAAUAGGGCCGUUGAGGUGGCCCUGAAAAUGACUUCCGAAGAGGAUACUUUAAUAGUGGUGACCUCAGAUCAUGCACAUACCAUGACCAUAAAUGGUUAUGCGUCCCGCCAUUCCGAUAUUUUGGGUUUAAGUGAUGAUGUAGCUGGCGAUGGUUUACCCUAUACGAUUCUUUCUUAUGCCAAUGGUCCCGGUUUUGCAAAAACUUUUUCCGACAAAAAGGGUCGCAAAGAUUUAUCGGAUAAUGAUUUCACCGAUCCUAAACGUAAAUAUAUGGCCACGGUACCUCUGGAAUCGGAAACUCAUGGUGCCGAUGAUGUGGCCAUAUUUGCUUUAGGUCCAUUUGCCCAUUACUUUUCGGGUAAUUAUAUACAAACUAAUUUACCCAUGUUAAUGGCAAGAGCCGCAAAAAUUGGUCCUUUCACUAAGUAAUAUUUAAGCUAAUUUAUAACAGUAUUAAUAUGGAUUAUUUUUUAUAAAAUGAUAUAUUUUUUUAAAAUAUGUAUUAAAUAAAAGCCUAAAA